UAUCAAAUAUGCUCCUAACCGGCGAAUAACGGCGUUUUUCUCUAGUCAUGAUCGCGUUCCUACUUUUGAGGAAGGUGCACGUUUACGAUGCCAAGCCUGACCUCAGGGCCAGCCUCUGCUGCUGACAUCACCUCCGCGUCUCGUCGCCGCUGCCUGGAGUCCCAUCAAGGUCUGAGGCUCCCGCUGUGACCGAAGGCGAUGCCUCAACGCCAUUCAUUCUCAGGCAAGGCGCACAGGACGCAACAGUCGCUGCGCUCCCCUUCGGACAACUUUUUUAUUUCUUAUUUAUUUUCCCUAAACAGAACCAAAGCUUGGCCAUGGCAGAAGAAAGCCGGGGGAAGCGAAGGAAACAAGCCAACCCGAGGAGAAACCGAGUGGACACUGAGCAGGUCAGCUCACUGGGAUCUGAGGAAGACGAUGAGGUGGGUUUGUGGAGCCUGGAGCCCCAGGACUGCCACGAGAGCCCGAACAAGACGAGCCUGACACCCAGCGAGGUGACGGAGGAACCCAGCAGCCCUGCCUACUUCACACGGCUGCUAAGCCCUGGCAGCAGGAUCUGCUGGGACCAGGUGGAGUCAGAGGCCCCGGCUGAGGAGGACGCCACCUAUGCGUCCACCGACAGAGAGGGGGACCAGGAACCACUGAGGAUGUACUGUAAGAACUCAGACUCUCAGAAUGCUUUUGAAGAUCUAGCACAAUAUGGAUUUGUCGCUCAGCUGAGGAGGGCCUCAACCUCAGCCAGUGUGUUGGACCAUCUGAACCACAACGGCUCGUCGGCUGUUCGACGUCCGAGCAGCAGGCACAAUGAGCUUCCUCCUGCCAUCUGGUCACCAGGAGCUCAGCACUGCUCACCUGAAGGAGCAGAUAAAGACAAAAACCAGCAGCCUUGUCCGUUCUGCCACAGAAUGUAUCUACGAGGAGCCUCUUUGAGGGACCAUGUCAAAUACUGUCAGGAGAGGGAGGGGGGGCACAUGGUCUGUCCGCUCUGUGGAUACACUGCCACCCAUAGGUCCCAGAUGGAGCGGCACCUAGCACUUCACAACCAAAUCCAGGACAAGAGUGCCAUCGGUUUGGAUCAAAGCACGGAGACGAGGAAGUUCAAAUGUCUGGAGUGUGGGAAAGCAUUCAAGUACAAACACCACCUCAAAGAGCAUCUUCGCAUCCACAGUGGUGAGAAGCCGUAUGAGUGCUCCAACUGCAAGAAGCGUUUCUCCCACUCUGGCUCCUACAGCUCUCAUUUAAGCAGUAAAAAGUGCCUCGGUGGUGGAGGGCAUGUCGGGGGAAAUAUGGGGAGUGGCAGCGGAGCAUUUAACGGACACAGUCAAAGCUCCUACCACCACUCACUUCCCACAUCUCCCUCUGCUGGUGGGGGUAGAUGCAGUAAUGAUCACAGCUCUUUGUUGGCUUUACAAAACCUGGACACUAUCAGGUCCUUGGGCCAUUUUCCUGCAGAUUCUCACCAUCAUUCCCUGCAGGACCUCCAUCAGAGAUUUCCUAGCACGUCUGACCCAGCUAGCCUGUGGGACCGUUCACCGGACCUGUCUCUCAGAAACACUAUCAUUAAAGGGGCAACCCUGUUGCCUUAUUAUCACUCUGGGACCAAGUUUGACCAGAUGCUACAGGAGAUGCUUCACAGAGAGGUCAAGAUAGAGCGAGACAAGGGAGAUGUAGAGGAGAGGAGGGUGGUCCACAAUGGAAGUGGGCUUGAGAGAAAGGUAUCCUCUGACAGGAGGAGAGAAGUGAGAUCACGUGAAGCAGAGAGAGGUGUAUUUGGGUUGACAUGCCGCUGGUGCUUGCAGCCCUUCCCGAACAUGGCAGUUCUCCUACAGCAUGAACACAGUUCCUGUAAGAUGAACAGCGAAGCAGUUGAAGCCACUGAGAGUUUUCAAAGGAAAGACCCCUCAUCACCGCCCUUAUUCAUCCCCGGAUCUGCCCUCUACACAGAAAACACCAAACCAAGCGAAGUAAUCAACGGAUUCUCCGGAAACAAGUCACCUUCACAGAAGCCCAGCUGGCAAUCUGUCCCACAACAGCUUUUAGUGGCAAUGCCAUCUCCUCCCCCUCACCAUGACGCAUUGCCUUCACGCAUGUAUUUGUCCAGCCUGGAUAAGGGUAGUCCAAGCCACCUAUCCCCAGGGAUAUCAUCACCUAGAGCUGGGAAAAGAGUUCUUUCCUCAGGCUUCAGUUCGCCUGUCUACCUUGACGUCACUAGCGGUCCACCUGAAACCUCGUCACCUCAGAAAGAACCCAGCAGUCCAUGGUCUGCACAGAGUGAACCGCUGGACCUCUCCCUGCCGAAGCAGCUGUCAGGGCCAAAGGGAAGAAAUAAAACCUUUAAUGGGAUCUCAAGGAGAGAAGAACGGAGAGAGCUUAAGAUGCAACAACUAAGCAGAUCAAGUCCAACUUCACAUGUGCCCUUCCAGCAGUACCCCUUCCCCAAUAGUACUGGUACUCCAGUGUUUCCAGGCUCAGUUUUCAAUGGGUUUAACAUGUUCGGCCAAUCUGGUGCAGGACUUGCGCUUCCUGAAGGCAUCAUCCAGACUCCAUACAGUCAGGCAGCUGUCAGUCCUAGGUUUCUCUCUCCUAUGGCCUACAUGAUGGAGGCCAAUGCAGAUGCUGUGUUAAAAAAGAUCUACCAGGAAAGACAAAGUUUUAUGGGUGAGAUGUUAAACCGUAGUGCCCUGGACUACCUCUCUCUAACUGAUGAGGGGUUUGAAGGAGAUGGAGGGCCAGGGAGGAAGAGGCUGAAGAAAACAGAGGAAGGACUUUAUGCUUGUGACAUCUGUGAAAAAACCUUCCAGAAGAGCAGUUCUCUUCUCCGACACAAAUAUGAGCACACAGGCAAACGUCCUCAUGAGUGCAAAAUCUGCAAUAAGGCCUUCAAGCACAAGCACCACCUGAUCGAGCACAGCCGGCUGCACUCCGGAGAGAAACCCUACCAAUGUGACAAGUGUGGCAAACGCUUCUCCCACUCAGGCUCUUACUCCCAGCACAUGAACCAUCGCUAUGCGUACUGCAGCAAAGACCAGGAUCUGGACCAGGAUCAGGAGGAGAUGCCUCUUACCCCCGGAGCAGGAAGCAGCCUGGUGGGCAGCCUAGGUGAAGACAAAUCGAUGUCUGUGGAAGACCCCCACAUGGCCCACUCCUUCCUCAGCGACUCCAGCCUGGAUGGAGCUUCAGACGCUCUGAAAGAGGGGGAGGAAGAGGAGGACAGCAUUAGGAAGAUACAUAAAGGUCUGCUAGAAGACGAAGAUGAGCUAGGAAGUUGCACCAAUGAAGGGUCACCCACAGAGGGGAGUGAACUGCAAAAUAAGCUUAGUAACUGUGAAACAGGAAAUCUUAUUAACAAUACAGAGAACCAAAUGUGGGAUGGAGACACCGAGAACCAGAAUGGAGGCUUGGAUAAAUGUGAAAUGAACAUGGAUUUAACAGAAUUACCUAGAAUAAUAACUUAACAUGACUUAAAUAAUCUUGAAGACUUUUAAAUAUAUAUAUUCUUGCAUAAACAACAGUUCAGCAGAGUAUUUUUCUUGUUUUACAUGACAAAAUGCACAAAACACCAAAGAUUACAUGGCCUUAAAGUGGUUGAAGCCAUACUAAUUAUAUUUGUCAAUGCAAAUGACAGUAUUUUAUCAUGUUCAAUAGACUUCACUUACAUACAGUGUUAUUUCUGUUUUAUUUGUUUUUUCCCAGGACUGUAAAAACCAAAUUGGGUUGACUGAUCUGAGGUUGUGUCACAUAUUCAGAUGUGAUUCUGCAUAAGUCUUUAAUGCUUGCUGCUGUUGCCUAUUGCACGUAAAAUAAUAUUCUGUUGUUUUUCAUCUAAAUAAAAGUAUUUUUGUCUUUAGCAGUUAAGAGGUUAGAAGAUUAUCUAAUGAACCAGGCCAUGAAGCAAAUUUGGAAUCACACUUUGGUGUUCAUUUAAUGUCCUAUCAAAACUUGAAGACACAACUGAUAUAUAUAUAAGUAUUGCAUCUUUUGCUCCUAAUAAGUGCACAAAACCUUCAAUUAUCAGUUUUCUGCCACUUUAUUUGGUAUUUUUUUAAGAUUCUACAUUUUUGUCACAUGUAGUAUUUGCUUCAAUCAAAGCUGACUGAAUAUAUAUAAUAGAGCUGAUUGUCAUGUUUUCUGCUGUAAAAUCCCAAAAAUAACUCAUAUUGCCAGGUGAACAACGUUCCUCAGUGGCAAUCAGCCAUCUGUUAAAUGUUACAAACAAGCAGCAGAAAAGAGGAACAACUGGAAGGUAGUUGUUUAUUCAUGCUUCAAACAAAAGCAGUGGCCUGCACCUUUUUAAGUGUUUGCCUUACUGGGAGGACAGUCAUUUCUGCAUCUUUGCAUAAGAUGUUAACGGGGGCAAAAGAUAAAGAUAGUGUCCGGGGGUUUUUCCCCUUCAGGCAGCGGAUACCUUUUGGAACCUCUUACCAUUUGCUUAUUACAAAAAUGAGCUGUUUGAUUUCAUCUGUUGCAACAACAUCUGUAAUUUCUUGUAACAAUUUACAUGCGCCAUGGUCUAUUUUUACAGUCACAGAGCAUUAACAUGACAAACGCUUUGGCAUUUUUAAUGAGGUGUGGCAAGAGGGUCAAGAUUCAGGACGCAUAGAUCAGUUUUGAACUUCCUCUUUCUGAGUGUGGUGUAGUCAACGUGAAAAGUGCCUCAGAUGUACUCAGACAACUGUGAGUAAUCUGAAAAAGCCUUCGUACGAUGAGACACUGCAGACGGUGGUGCAUGAGGUGUGACUAAGCUUGCAGCGCUCAUGCAUACUGCGUGCCAAAGAUACUUCUUGUUCAUAUAUGUGUGCGUGUGUGUGUGCAUCACCAAAGAUAUGCAUAUGUGACACGCCAACUGCUAUGCUAUUCUUGCAUAGUUCCUUACCUGUUAUCUUCUUACAAAAGAACAGGCAAACAAUAAGUUUGACAUUCACUCAGCUUCUGCAUACCUUUCUGCAGUUUGUGUUCCUUGUUAAAUGGUCACAUCCUAGCAUAUUUUGUAUUAACUUUUUAUAUGUACUUUUGUUUUCAUUUUUGUAAUAGAAAUGUACAGAAUUUGUCUUGAAAAUCUUGUAUUUCAUUUAUUUUUCUAAUUAAAAAUGACA